CCAGGACCUCAGAGGUUGACGAUCUAGUGUGUGAAGAAGGGACCGGUCUCCGUUUCACAGACCUAAGCUUCCCUUGUCCUGAGUGCGGAGUCUGCGGCUUGUGCGGCCUUUGCUUUUUCUGAAGAGAAGGAAGUCCAGCCGCAGCGCCAUGUCCCAGUACGUGAACGACAUGUGGCCCGGCUCGCCGCAGAAGGAUUCGCCGUCCACGUCGGGCUCCAGCCGCCUGUCAUCGCGCUCCCGCAGCCGCUCCUCGUCCCGUAGCUCCCGGCCCGACUUGCGCAGCCGCUCAUCCUCCCGCAGCCAUAGCCGGCCCCGGCGGAGCCAGAGGUCCCGGUCCCGCUCGCGGAGGCGCCAGCAGCGCAAGUUCCGGCGCUACUCGCGUUCCUACUCGCGCAGCCGCUCGCGGUCGAGCAGCCGCCGGUAUCGGAACAGCCGUUACGGGCGGCCGCGGAGGUACUACCAGUCCCGGUCGCCCUACCGGUCCCGCAGCAGGUCGCUCUCCCGCGGAAGGUCGCACUACCGUAGGUCCUACUACGCGCUAAUGCGCGAGCGCCGCCACUACGGCUUAUGCCGCACUCUGUAUCGCGAGGAGCACGGCAGGUGGAGGGAGAGGCCCAGAACCAGGUCGCGCAGCAGGAGCAGAACCCCCUUUCGCCUGAGUGAAAAAGAUCGAAUGGAGCUGCUAGAAAUAGCAAAAGCCAAUGCAGCAAAAACCCUAGGAACAACCAACUUUGACUUGCCAGCUAGUCUUCGAACGGUAGUUAAAGAAGCCAGCCAGGGAACAGCUGUUGGAAGCAAUGGUGUAAAGAUGGAGCUAUCAGAAAAGCAAACAGAAGAUGGAACUAAAAGUCCCAGUGAAAAGUCAUCUUCACAAAGCAUAGCCUUUAGCGCUAAUAAUUCUGUUGCAAAACCCGUACAGAAGACAGCUAAAGUUGCUGCCGAGACAUCUUCAGGACCACCAAAAAUAGAUAAGAAAAAAAGUCCAUAUGGGCUGUGGAUACCUGUCUAAAAGAAGAAAAUUGAUGGCUGAGGUCACCUAAAAAAUUGCACUUUACUGCAAGUUAUGUCUAGCAUUAUGUCACCUGCUCGAGCAAAGGCAGCAGGAAUUACUGCUAAUGGUAAUUUUCUCUUGAAGAUGUGAGUACAGAUGGACCAGAGAAUUGCAUACAGGUGGGAGUCUUGUAUAUACUUGUAAGUAUUGUAUAUCAAUUAAAUACAAAAGUGAAUUGUGUAAAACACAUUUGUACUGUGUUUUGUAUUUGUUAAUAAAAUUUUUAUGUC